CUUUACUUAAACAGAUCUCAUCAAGUCAUCCAUCCUUCGCCCAUAAGCUCCCCGACUACGAUGGAGAGUUCAAAUGGCUGGAGGGGUUCUCCAUGUACCUUUGCGAGUUCACUUACGACUACGUGGUUCACUGCUUCAACGCGACCACCUGCGCGACCGAGCGACAACGCUUCCUGAACGCGAAUGUCUUCACCAUCAAGUUCUACCAGCGUCUGCCCCGCCCCAACCACUUUGGAUUUCUGAUCAAUCACAGCGCGUGGGUACCACGCCGAACCUUGAAGCAUGCCCCCUACGAGAAGUUCCACCAUCCGCUCAUCGAGAACGCCAUCCAGGAUUGCGACGAUAACGAGGAGGACUUCUACAACAUGAAGCGCGAUGAGGUGCUCGAGAUUGUCGACGUCGGGGCGCUUCAUGGGGGUCUCUGGGACGGGGAGAUCCGGGCGUAUGAUAAGUGGAAGGGGUCGGAGGGCUGGCCGAAGGAGCGCUGGGCAUUCUGGAAGGAGGGGUUCACCUGGAUUUCUGCUGUUACGGUACUGGAUCGGAAGAGGAGACGGAUUGCGAAGAAUGUGGUGGAAUUGAUGGGGCAGGAUUGA